AUGGAAUACGUUACCCGAGGGGUCUGCGGCCAAGAGGGAUGCCGUGAAAUCCGAUACUAUCUGGACAAUGGACUGUGGUUCUGCCGGCGCGGCCACUUGCAGGAGGGCCGACAAAUUGAAGAAGACCCGGAUGAUUUCGGGACUCAGGGUAAAAAGCAUCGGGUGAAGAAAGAAACCACCGAGAAAUCCAAAAAGACCUAUCAUGGCCGACAGGCAUACACCCUUUUUCUGCAGGUCUAUCAGUUGAUCCUCUGGAAACAAUGCCAUGCCUUGGUGCAUGAUCACGGUUUUCCCGAGCCAUUCGAUGCGGUUGUUCGCGAUCUAUGGGCUCUACGACUGCAAGACUUCUCACUUCGGAUUGACGAAUCUACAGAGGAUGAACAUGAAGAUCCCGAGCUCUUCAGCUCACAGCCUACUGACAAAGAUGAGUUCGAUGAGAUGGGGUUUAAGCCGGGAUCAAAGUAUCUCGAGUGGCCUCGUCUGCUCGAUUCCGUCGCUCUCUGUUAUCUGGCGGCGCUCUUGAUGCGACUUCCAAUAUGCGUGAGCGACUUUUACCGCAUGAUCAUACGACAGGACGUACCUUACAUUCGGGCCUUAACCAUCGUUCCUCGCGAGAUGAGGGACAAGCUUCCGCCAGAACUUGUUUCAAUACUAGAUGUUAAUAAACUCCCCAAGGCCGAGCAUCUUCACCGCGGGGUCUUGGAAAUCUCACUCUUUUAUCAACGUCGGUUCGGACUCGCAAUUCCUCCUUUAAACUCACCCCUAGUCCUCUACCGGAUCAUAAAGAGACUGGCUAUCCCAGUGGAGGUAUACGAGGCCAUCAAAAAACUACAAGAGCUGCUUGCCUUCACAUAUGAAUAUCCGACUCGGCUCCGGGGCAAUUUUCGCAGAAGUCCUUAUCAUCUUCCUGAGGUUCAACUGGUGGUGCUUACUGUCAUUGCCACGAAACUAUUCUUCCCGUUGGACGAUUUGAAGCGAUACCCCGCUACCAACCGGGAGCCCGGGGCCCAGUUCAUGGACUGGUCAGUAUGGGAGCGGGCCCAGCGACAUUUCAAUAACCACGAGCGCGUGGGUGGGAAGAUUGGCAAGGACCAUGUGGUCCAACUCACAGACAAAGACGUGCUCACUAUGACGCCCGAUCAACUGGACGAGUACAUGGACUGGUACGAAAGUAGUUGGCUGGAUACACCCCGCGUCCUGAACCGAGUUGCCGAUAUGUUCCCUAUCAACCGGCCAGAGGCAGAGGCGCAGUCCAAUCCUCCGGCUGCUUCGACGGCAGCCGCUACUAGUGACACAGAUGAAGCUCUCCAGGCCUUACUACAAUCAGUCAUGCAGGACCUGAAGCCCAAGCGUGUCAUUUUGGAAGAGGACGAGACAGACGUGCCCCGACCUGGGGCAUGGUAUCGCCGGUAUCGAUGGGAGUCUCAACUCGCCGGGCCUGCACGCGCCUUUUACGAAUUGGCGGCAGAGCUCGCCGCAGUGUCAUUGCCAACCUUGAUACGGGCUGUCACCGUGGGCGAGUUUCGGAUUGCACGCUGGCUGGAAAACCAGCGACGUGCCGAGUAUCUUGAUAAUGAAAUGGACAUGGACAUGGGCGAUGCGCUGGAUGAGGUGGAUGGACAACUGUCCGAACUGGGGGUGGAUGAAGACAGGUGA